CAGAUCAGUAAACUCAAUGAACUGACGUUCGUGAGCAAAGUGUUGUGUAUUUCUUUUUCUUUCGUUUCGUUUCCAUCGAUUCGUUGUUUUCAUUUCUUUCAUUUUAUAUAUUUUUUUUUUCCUUUCUGAUUUCUCAUCAUUUUGAAUUUUCUCAUGCAUUUAUUUGUGGCUCUCACUGUAUAUAAUAACUUUGCAUUUUUAAUUAAGAGUGGCAAUUAAUUUAGUACUUUCCGUUAAGCGGUGGUCAUUUAGUUGACGAUACAGUGAUGUGAAUAAGUGCAUUGGUGCCUAUUGCCUGUGAGAAAUAAAUAGCAUCUGAAUUGAAUGAUAGACAACAUAGACGACGACCACGACGUCGACGACGACAAAGAAAAAUUAACAAAAAAGGAAUAAGAAGAGUCAGCACUGAACACACACAUUCUUUUUUUCAUUGCACUAUGACGGCACUGGUUUAAUGUUUACUUUUUUUUUCUGUGCGUGAGAAGAGUGUGUGUUAAAAUAAUGUGUGGAGAACGUACAUUAUGCGUGUGUGCAUUUCAUUUCUGUUUUGUGUAGCAUAUUUUUACUGAUAUAUUGGUUAUUAUUCGACUCUGAGUACCGAUUGUGCCUCACUCAUAUCUAAAUACGUAUUGUUAAAAUAUUUCAACAAAACUAUCGAUAAAGAGAUAUCGCUUGCGUUUAAUUUAUAUGAGUGAAAGAAGAACUAACCAAAUACUGUGUAUUCUUCAUGAAUAUCAAUAAAGUUCAUAAAACUAUUGGAAUUUCUGUGUCGUACGCAUAAGAAUUUCAAUGAAAACAACAGAAAUGUCCGACGCAAAUAAUCGAAAUAAGACGCGUACGCCGAACAUUUUCAAAAAUGUGGAUCGUCCGUUGCCGUCGCCGACAUCGGGUUCGAUGAAAUUAAAUGAAAGUGCCCCGUUGUCACCCACUCUCUCGCCAAAUACGAAAUCGAUGAUAUCACAAAAAGUGCAGACACUCAAACAACGAAAACAAGACUUAGACAAAUUGCUGCAAGAAAAAAAUAAUUUGCUACAACAAUUGUGUCGGGAGGAGGCAAAAAUAAUCGGAUGUUCAACCUUUUCGCUGAACGAUUUAUCCAGUAUUAGUGGCAUUGAUUGUAGUGACGGGGGCGUAAAUAACUGUGACCGAGCGCAGUUGAAUAAUAAUUCAACGCUACGACGGCACAUCGAUACUGGUUUUAAACUGCCCGAAAAUCUUCUAAAUAGCAAUGAAGACGACAUAAAUCAGUUGUUGUUGAGUAAAAAGAUUCAACAGCAAAUAUCACAAGCUUCACUUAAACUCGCCAAUGAUGCAACACAAACCAAAUCGAUUCGUCGGGCGCAUCGGCAAAACUAUGAAGUUGCACAGCAAAAAAUUCAGAGUAUUAAUCAAACAUUAAGUUUUAUAAGGAGUCGUGCAAAUGCCGAAUCGAUCAAUAGCCGAGAUGACAUUAAUCUUAAUAAUAAUUUGGGAUAUGCAACAAUAAACAAUGUGAUCAACGGCAGUAAAAAUCAUCGCAAUGAUAUAAAAUCAAAGCAACAUCUAAACGUUAGCUCAAUCAGUCUUGAAAACAAUAAUAUUAUGUCGGAAAGACGAAAUUCAGCCGUAUCAACUGGCUCAGCAUCGCAAUAUCUUGCGGCAAAUGCAUUAAAAAGUCGACCCAGAUGUGAUAGUUAUGGUGGUCAAACGAGCAAUGUUCAAAAUUAUGCAACCGCUACCACAACCAAAAGCGAUAAAAUGUUGCAUUCACCAACGUAUGCGUAUCAACAACAAGUUCAAAUUCCGCAUUUACACUACAAAAGUCAUGCGGAUAAAAUUGCUUAUGUUACAAAUGCUGUGGCAAAUGCAGCUCCAAAUGCCAAUCCAAAUGCAAAUAAUAAUGGCAAUGCUAUGGCUUCGCCAAAAUAUGGACGUCUUAAGCCGCUUACAGUUGAUACCGGCAGCAUAAAUGAAUCGUAUUACUAUCCGCCAAGUGGAAGUGCCAACCAUCAGCAUAGAUCACAUUUUCAACAGCACUAUACACAACAUCAACACCAGCACAGGCACAGUCCAUACACAACAAGUCGAGCGCACCUAACACCCACCAAAGUAAAGCAUACACCCUCUCAACAUUUGCAUAUAAAUACAAAACCACCGAUAAGUGAUGAUGAAGAAGACGAUAUUGCCGGUCAAUAUGCAACGUUAUUAACGCUAUCCGAUCAACUGAAACCAGGCUCGGUGCAUCAAGACAUCGAAAACCAAGAUACAGACACACAUUAUACGGAAAUUUUGUGUCGCAAGCCAUCGGCACCGUUGCCAUUGACUGAACGAAAUCAAUUUCAAACCAAAGACGUUAAUGUGGUCACAAAAAGUCAAGGUCUUGGAGGCUAUUGGACAACCAACGAAAAUAACGAACGUGUUUGGUUGUCAGUUGAUAAUCGUUACUCAAGUUUGGAUCGAAAGAGCCAAAAGAAUAAGAUGAAAAAGCAACAAGUGGCACGUACUGUAAAUCAACCAACAAAAUCAACGUCUUUGAGUAAUUUCAAUUUUAUUAAUAAAUCUGAUGACACACAUGACAGUGAUGCAGCUUCAACAAUGAAUGCAGCACAAAUUGAUCAAAGGCGACCAAAACCGAAGCAGUGGACCGAAACGUCGUUAGAUACUCCGAUUCGAAAAGUUGAACAAAUGUCUCCGAAGCUUGUCUCACCGCCAAUUUACUAUCGCGAUAAAAAUCGUUUAUCGUCGCAUUCACUGCACUCACCAAGUCGCAAUGCGAUCUCGAUAGGAAAUUCGCACACACUAACUUCACUUCAAACGCCACAAAUUCUGAGUGAUUUAUCAAAAGCGCUGAGCACAUCAGCAAAUGCUCUAACUGGCGUUGAGAGUGUAAUGAGGAGUCAAUCACAACAACCACUUCCUUCACCCUCGCAAUCGUACCACCAUAGCACUUCGAUACAAUCCGCCCCUUUAUUUGAUCACACAAAUUCAAAUGCAAAUCCCAAUAUGACUUCAAUUGUUUCAACGAAACUUCAGUCUCCAGACGUGCCUUCAACAACGAAUUCAUUCAUAGAUAAUAGUUCAAAUUGUUUCACGCCAAACAUAUCAUCGGCUGAAAUUCAAGUGGAAUCACCGAAAAAUGUGACCAUUGUUCAACCGGCCAAAUUUCAGCCGUACAAAGAGGUGACCAAGCCAUUUGAAAUGUCCGAUUUUUAUAAAUAUUCGACGAAAUUCCGUCAAAAAACCGCUUCAGCCAAUAUAAUGCAAUCGGAAAAUAGUUCACCACAAUUACCACCCAAGAAUAUAAUGCAUCAAAUGAAAAAUGCACAUAGGCACAUGCACUCAGUAUCGUUAAGUGCAAAUGUCGCUGAACCAACGUCACCAGUCUACCCAUCACCGAUAAACCAAUAAAUACAAUACAACAACAUGAAUCCAACACACACGAUUCGAUAAUUAGUAUUGCGGGAUGAAUAUUUUGAUAGAACACAGUCGAUCUUAUCGGAAAAAAGACUUAAAAACAAUUUCGAUGUAAAUUUUAUUUUGCAGUUUAAACGGCAGCCAUUUAUACAUUUUUGAUAACGUUUUUUUAUAUCGAUUUUUAGACAAAUUAAUUUUACAUAUACGAACUAUUCGUAAGAUAUUAAUGCAUG